AUGAGUAAAGUUUGCGCUAUACCUUUGGUCAUUCAAAAUCUGAGUACAGGGUUUAGAUUCAGAUUCACAGUUGGCUCAGUUAAUGAAACUGCCCCAGACGAUGAUGUGGAGAACCUGGACGAUGAUGAUGUCGAUAUCGCAACGGAGUCUGAGGAAGGAGAACUGGACAUUCCCAAACCGCUGCCCAAAGUCUUGACGCUCGCCCAAAAAAGGAAGAAGGAGCGCAAAGAUAAAGUUCUGUCCAAGCGGCGAGGUCCUGUCCUUCGAGAGAUAUUGUCGCCGGAUCUCGAACCUUGCAAGCAGGAAGUGACCUGGAACGAGGACCCAGAGGUCAUAUGUUCGUACAACUGGUCGAGCACUGUUGACGGUACCAAUACAAUAUAUGUCCCUGGCACACCCACAAGGUGGACUCCGCAAGAUAUGCCUUACAAUGUCCGAGGCGAUGCAGGCUUCCAUCCCACCGACUACAACUACGUACGGCAACCAGCCGACCCGUUCUCCGCCGUCUUCAACGCCAUGACCCUCUCGAACCCAGACCUCUCGCUCAAGGACUGUGACAUCCUUGCCGACCGCAACAACCUCCGUGUACUCCUCGAAGUCGUGCAAGGCAAAACCGUUGGCCCCUUUCGGCUAGACUUAUACGUGAUCUUCAACACACUCAUCAUCGUCCGCCGCGAAGACGGUUUCUGGCGCCGCAGCGACGGCAAAUCCUACGGCUUUAACUUCGAAAAGCACUUCACCACGCCCACCCCAGACAUGAGAGACGCAACAUCGCACUACCGCGCAAUCCGCUACCGCAUGGGUCCCCUGCGCGUCGUAUGCCGCUUCGAAGCUGAUGCCUACGUCGCAAUAGCGUCGAACGUGCCCUCCGAGUCCGGAGCUGCCGUCGUGCCCCCGGUUCCCACUGAGCCGGAUCUCAUGACGCGCCCGCAAUUUAGCUACCGCGCGCCAUUCAAGGUUUUGCAGAAGGGCGUCUUCGUCCCGGGCAACCAGCUCCUGGAGCUGAAAACGCAGGUCGAGCGCCCGCGCGAGGAAGGCCAGUCAAAUGUAGCCUGCCUGGACCAAUUGUGGUUUGGACGCACAACGCACUUGUACACCGGGCGCUACGAGUCUGGGACUGGCAAGAUCCUGUACAUCAAGAAGGAAGACGCGACCGAGCGGAUCAAGAAUUGGGAGGAAAGGCACCAAGAUGCUUUGAGGAAGCUUGUGGGUUUGCUGGCCAUGUUGAGGGGUAUCUGCAAAGAGCAGGAGGGUCCCACUAAGGCGGUCAUCCUGGUCAGGGAGGAUCCGAGGGGCCCGCUCGUGGUGCACAAGAUGCAAGACAGAAGGAAGAUUGUGCAGCGGGAAUUCUUUGAGAGGCAUUGGUUGGCACACAACAGACCGAAGCGAGCUACCUCGAGAGAGAGAAACUUGGCAAAAGGAGGCAUGCGUGGUGGCAGGGGAAGCGGUCUGCUUGCCGGACACCGUGGCGGAUAUACGCCGCGUGGCGGUGCGACGGACUCCGAUCCGAACAACGGACGUCUGAAUGCCGAGCCACAGCCAGGACCACGUCAUGAGGCAUCGCGGGGUGCACCGAGAGUCGAGUCCAGCCAUCGUGGCAGAGGAAGCGCGCCAGGUAGCGGACGAGGUCGCGGAUGA